GAGAGAGCGAGAGAGAGAGAGAGAGAGAGAGAGAGAGAGAGCGAGAAGUAGCGCGUCGAGUGCUCAUGGGAACUCGAAAUUUUUUUCUUGUAGAGUGACGAUGUGCUAUGUUGUGGACUAUUAUUUAUCGAUGAGAUGAGAAUAAUAAAUACCUAGCUAACUAGUCUUGAAGAAAAAAAUUUCGAAAACAUCGUUUGCGGUUAUCGCAAGAUCAUCGUUAUUACUGUUACAAAUGGAUAAACAAUUUUUUAGUACCGUGAAUGGCCCGCGCGUGCAGUUGUCAUCUGGUGUGUAAAUUGUCGAGCGCUACGGUACCGCAGCUGUUAUAAUAAUGGAACGUCGAGGAGAAGCCGAGAUACAUAACGCUCGCGAAAAACCAAUCGUUUUUUCGUCGAGCGCGCGCGCGCGCGCUUUUUUUCUAAACGACCAAGCCGCCUGCAGAAUGUCCGUAUAUUUUUAAACAAUAUUACACAAUCCAGCCUAUGCUCCGGCUGAUUCGUUAUUCAAAUAAAUACCUCGCGCGAGCAAUUGUUUACAAAGGCCAAGAAUUUUUUUACUAGAAAAGCAAUUAAAUAUGCGAGAAAUAAGAAAGUACAGCCGAAAUUUCGAGUUUCCAAGCAUCGACAAGAGAAGACACGCGUAUGCAUACAUGUACAUGUGAGCAGUUAUGUUCGCAUGGCAGCAAGUGGUCCGCUGAAAGAGCCGUCGCGUCGAGGGAAGGACCAUCAUGCCGGAGCCCUGACACUCGGGCCCUCCUCACCAUCGUCAGAUCACAGCAGUCGACCCCGGGAGCCUAGACGCUUCAGCAGCAGCAGCAGCAGUGUCUUCAAGGCAAACCAUCGAAGAUGACGUUGGAGGAGACGCUGCUGCAGUCGGUGCAGCCUAUUCUGAACAGCAGCACUAGCGGUCUGCUGCUGGACCAGCUGAGCCCGAGCAUCAUCGGCUCGACGACCUGGCCUGGAGCCUUCUAUGAGUUGGAUGGAUUCAUCAACGGCACCGGCAACGCCAGCCUCUUCGACGACUCCGACGCCCAGAAUUCGAACAAGUUCAUACUGCCCUGGUGGCGACAGAUCAUCUGGACCGUCCUCUUCGCCGGGAUGAUCGUCGUCGCGACCGGUGGCAACCUCAUCGUCAUCUGGAUCGUCCUCGCGCACAAACGCAUGCGAACCGUCACCAACUACUUUCUCGUCAAUCUCAGCAUCGCCGACGCCAUGGUCUCGACGCUCAACGUCAUAUUCAACUACACCUACAUGCUCAACAGCCACUGGCCGUUCGGCAACCUUUACUGCAAGAUCAGCCAGUUCAUUGCGGUCAUCACGAUAUGCGCCAGUGUCUUCACCCUCAUGGCCAUAUCUAUAGACAGAUACGUGGCGAUCGUGAAUCCCCUGAAGCCUCGGAUGGGCAAGAGGACGACCCUGUGCAUAGCCCUGGCCAUCUGGGCAGUGGGCGCCGUGCUGUCCUUGCCGAUGCUGCUUUUUUACACGACUUUCACUCACAACUUCCCCAACGGUGAGGUGAGGGUAAUCUGCUACCCCAGCUGGCCCGACCAGGACAACAGCGGCCAGAGCUACAACGAGUAUCUGUACAACGUGAUUUUCAUGAUUUUGACGUACUUCCUGCCCAUCGGCGCGAUGACGUUCACCUACGCCCGAAUCGGAGUCGAGCUUUGGGGCUCGCAGAGCAUCGGCGAAGCGACGCAGCGCCAACUCGACAACAUUCGCAACAAACGCAGGGUAGUCAAGAUGAUGAUGGUCGUAGUGAUGAUAUUCGCCGUCUGCUGGCUGCCCUUCCACGUCUACUUCAUCGUGACGUCGUACCUGCCCCAUCUGACAAACGAGCCCUACAUCCAGGAGCUCUACCUGGCCAUCUACUGGCUAGCCAUGUCCAACAGCAUGUACAACCCGAUCAUCUAUUGUUGGAUGAAUUCCAGGUUCCGACGGGGUUUCGCUCAAUUCUUUUCGUGGUGUCCGCUUGUGCGGAUCGGCCACGAGCCGGCGCUUUCGCGCUCGGAAGCUGUCACGUCCCGCUACAGCUGCGCUGGUAGCCCCGAGAUUCGCGCAAGGAUCUCCCGCAACGGAAAAUCUUUCUCCACAGUAAUAGAGUCCUGAUCGAGCGGCGAGUACACUACUCCGGCACGAUGCGGUUACCGCUGCACCACCAGGGCACAACAGCCGAGACGACGACGACGUUGGCAACGUCGCGACGAGGCAGCUUCGCGGACCCUCACCACGAGAACGGCAACUCGCGCCGGCAACACGGCAACCAGCACUUCAACUACAAGCAACGGCUGCCCUAUACCGCCAGGUUUCAGAAGCUCGACUCUCAACCCGACUGCGCCUCCUGACCUGACAGCUCAGCGGCUCCAACGGCUAAUUCCGACGACGAAACCGUCAAGCUAAGACAGCGGGUGAGAAUCAACACCUGGCUCUGAGCUGACCGACAGCUUAAUCUGAUGUGCGUAAAGCUAGUCGCGAGACGCGGCUGCUUGAUUUUUCAGUGAAACUGCUGAUGCGGAGGUGUGUAACGAUGUCGUAUGAAUUUUCGUUCUAUUCUCUCAUCUCGAUCGAUGCAACCUACGCUGUGCACACUGUCUGAAUCGAGGUGUUUUGCGGGUAUGAUUGUUGCAUAUUGUGCGUGAAUCAGAGAUAUUUCUAUUAUACACGCUGCACAGGCUAACGUUGUGUACAUACACGAUAUAGGAAAAUAAAUUAUAAUAGCGCAAGAAAAACAAAACUGCAUCCACAGCGAAUCUCCGGCACUUUGUCGAGGCGACAGAUUUUUUUCCAUUAAUUUAUGUCAUGUGUACACGCUGUCGUGGAAGGGCGAAACGGGUCGAAUGUAUAAUAUGGCCUAUAUAUUUUGUUUUGGUAAUGAUAUAUUUUUGGAAGUACCAACGGUAUAAAAAAAAUCUUCCGUAUUGGGGAACUUAGUACGUUUAAUAUUAUAAUGAUAUAUCGAGAGACGACGCGUGUAAUAAUAGUUUAUGCUAAAAGUUGACGUAUAACUAAAAGAUGAAUGUUAUAAUAUAUACUAAUAUGCAAGGUUUUCGCAGAGAAUAAACAGUUUAUUUGACGUUUUCCUUUUCUUUUUAUACAUACAUAUAUAUAUAUUUUUUUAAGGGUGUGUAUACUCUACUUGAAAAUCAAUGUCUCAUAAAAAGGAUGUGUCUGUAAAAUAAAACAAAAAAAUUGCGUGAAUAAGUGUAAGAUACCUUGAUAUUAUCGUAUAGGUAAGAUUAAGAAAGUAAAUUGGAAAGGUCUUUCGCCUCGACAACGUUCGUUUCAAAGUCGUAUACAUAUACAUACUUUCUAUACAUCAAUCAACACCUAGCUAUAUAUAAGUAAUUACGUAUGGUUUUAUAUGAUUGCAUAACUUUGGGGGAGAACGAGAGGCUAUAACGUUAUUCCCAGAAAUUGAGAUGGCAUCUAACGAAACUUUGACUUGAAUUCAAUCUCCUCUAUACGCAUAAUGUUACACAUGAUACACAUAUAGAAAUAAAAAAAGUUAUCGUUUCAGCACAUAGUUUAUGUGUAUGAUUGUAUAUAAAGUUAAUUGAAAUUAUUCUUAUGCAAUUGUAUCUCCCGUAAUAGAAAUACAUAUAUUUUUUUGUUUAGUAUAGUUUUGUAAAACGGUUUAUGUAAAAAGCAUAUUUUUAUACACGCUACACAAUCACUAUACUUUAUUUUCUAAGCAUUUCCGAAGUUUUCUUUUAACUUCUCGAAUAUAUGGAUAAACUUGAAUUCUCGAAUAGUAUAAAUAACCUACACAGGUAUAUAAAAAAAAUUCGAAUCAUGCUUGGCCCUGCAAUCGAAAGAUCGAUACACUGCAUUUUGUUGCUUUAUUGCGAGAAAUAAUCAACCACAAUCGACAAUGUUUAACGUCAGCCCAUUUGGCGACGACAAGGAUCAGCUGUUUAUGGACGAAAAAAAAUUACGUAUAAGUCUAGUCAGAUAAUUCAACGACGUUCUCCUGAAUGGCAUUUUUGAGUUUUUACCGUUUUUCACACUAUAUUAUAUAUACGUCGAUCGUAUAUGAAAAUAUAAAUCAUUUGUGAAAAAAACGUAUUAAAACAACCUUUCACGUGAAAAAUAUUGUUAUAAAGUUCGAUUUCACGAAGUCUAUAUGAAGCCGAGAGCGUCCCGGGAUAAUAAUAUUUCCCGACGUCCGCGCAGUUAUAUAAUUUUUCAUGAGAUUUUAUUCUUAAGAAUUUUUUAUAUAAUAUAUGUAUUUUACCGUAAAUUAUAUAACAAAAUGUGAGAGCUUUGAAAUUUAAUUAUUUUUUUUUAAUUGUAUAGUUUAUAGAUUUCUUAUUAAUAAAAUAUAAGCAUGUAUAAACUGUAAAACAUGGCAUUUUCUGAUAAAACAAUGUAUCCCAAAAUCAUGAUCAAUAAAAAUUAAAGUCACUCGUAUUGUGUAAGAAAAAUCAAUUAGUAAUUUUCAAAUAAUUGAUUAACGAAAUUUUUGCGAUAAUAAUAUUAAUAUCUGGCAUUGCAUCGGAAGACACUUCAAACUGACGGUGCGUCAUUUUUACUUGAAACGAAAGUUAUGAUUGCUAGACUUGGUAUAAGAUUCGUCGUAUAACUGCUUUUACGUUUUGAGUAUACUGUAAAAAAUUUUUUCUCUCGAUUCUUAUUAAAAAAAAAAAAAUCUUGCAAAAUCUUAAAUGAUACUAUCUAUUUAAAUCAAAACGCUACAUGCUGCCUGAUAGUACCUUCUAGUUAUAUAACUAUUGUAAAUAAACAUUCUUUCGUUCUCAGAUUACAGCGACAAAUUUAUCGAGCAACUUGAGUAAAGGAAUUCGAUACGAAAACCUGGUGUAAAAAAGUCAUCAAUUUGAAUUAAUUCGUUCAAGAGGUCGGGACAGGUACUCGAAAAUUACAUAAAAAAUAUGUAGAUUAUUAUAUAUGUAUAUGUGAGAGCAGAAAAGAUAUUAUAAAUGGAUGACUAAGAACAAAACACAAACUAUUUGUCUCCAUCACCUGUGGUGAGAGCAAAAAUAAAUUACAAAAUAGCAUACAAACAAAAUAUGUUUAAGUGGAAGAAUAUACAAUCAGUAUGGAAGAAAUCUAUUAAUGGGCCUAAUGUUGCAAUUAUGAUGUAAUAUAACAAAAACACAUAUGCGUGAGGCUCAAAAGAAAAAUCAUAUAUUACAAUGGACCAAUUAACAUUUCGUAUUCAUGCAUACUGCAUAAGUCAUGCAACAAGGAAAUUGUAAUUGUUAUUUACGUACAGUGUACAAAAUAAUAAAUGUUGCUAAAAUUGAA